AUGCUGCGGAACAUCCUUAAAGAAGAGAAUUUGGAGAUGCUGCGCAUGUUUAAUGUAGUACUAGAUAUUCUUCACUUCUUGCUCUCAUGGCAUGGUUAUUACUCUUUCUUCCAAUUAUUUACUGUGGUCCUUCUGGUCACAUUCUCUUCUUUGCCACCAACUACAUCAGCAAAGGGAUUCUCAAUCAAGGAAGCAACUGUGCAUGAUCUUCAACUUGCUUUCAAGAGAAACCAAUUAACCUCUAAGCAACUUGUUGAGUUCUACCUCAAACAAAUACAAAUCCAAAACCCAGUUCUCAAACGGGUGUUGGAGGUGAACCCAGAUGCAGUAGCAGAAGCAGAAAGAGCUGACAAGGAGAGAAAAAGGGCUAAGGAAACAGGGUCUCUGCUUUCAGGGCUGCAUGGAAUCCCUGUUUUGGUGAAGGAUAACAUUGCAAGUAAGGAUAAGCUGAACACCACUGCAGGCUCUUAUGCUCUGCUUGGCUCUAUGGUGCCUAGAGAUACUGGUGUUGUUGCCAGGUUAAGGAAAGCUGGGGCUAUCAUAUUGGGGAAGGCCAGUUUGAGUGAGGGGUCUCAUCAAAUGUCCAGUGUAGCACCCAGUGGUUGGUGUGCUAGAGGUGGACAAGGAAAGGUAAGUUUUCUUGUUUAUGCUUAUAGCAUGUUUGAUUCUGAAGUAGGAAGCCCAUAAUCAUAAUUACUUAGAUAUUUGAAAAUCGACU